AUGUUUCCUCCUCAUCUGUUGCUUUCACGUCGUCCUCAAGCCCUUCCAGAAAACCUUCCCAGAAAAGCACGUUUCCUUCUGGUCCACUUCUCACUCAAGCCCUUCCAGAAAGACACAUUUCAUCCUAGUCCAUUUCUCACUCAAGCCUUCCCAGAAAAGCACGUUUCCUUCUGGUCCACUUCUCACUCAAGCCCUUCCAGAAAAACACGUUUUCUUCUAGGCCACUUCUCACUCAAGCCCUUCCAGAAAGACACAUUUCAUCCUAGUCCACUUCUCACCAAGCCUUCCCAGAAAAGCACGUUUCCUUCUGGUCCACUUCUCCUCAAGCCCUUCCAGGAAGGCACAUUUCAUCCUGGUCCACUUCUCCUCAAGCCUUCCCAGAAAAGCACCCCUUCCAGAAAGACACAUUUCAUCCUAGUCCACUUCUCACUCAAGCCUUCCCAGAAAAGCACGUUUCCUUCUGGUCCACUUCUCCUCAAGCCCUUCCAGAAAAACACGUUUUCUUCUAGGCCACUUCUCCUCAAGCCCUUCCAGAAAGACACAUUUCAUCCUAGUCCACUUCUCACUCAAGCCUUCCCAGAAAAGCACGUUUCCUUCUGGUCCACUUCUCACUCAAGCCCUUCCAGGAAGGAACAUUUCAUCCUGGUCCACUUCUCACUCAAGCCUUCCCAGAAAAGCACGUUUCCUUCUGGUCCACUUCUCACUCAAGCCCUUCCAGAAAAACACGUUUUCUUCUAG